CGAAUAGGACAUCAAUUUCAAUCUCAACGUUGAACAGUCAAUACAAGUCUACAGUCUACAAGAGAAAUCUAAAAACUAGCAAAAAUGGCCUACGAAACUUUGAUAAACACCACCUACAAUCCAGUUUGCCAGAAGAAGACCUACACCCCCGCCAAGGCCAUGAAGAAGAUCUUCAAGGUGGCCUGCAAAAUCUUUAAAACUUCUGGCCACCAGCAACUCAAGAACCAGACCAUCUCGAAGGAACUCCCACUGCCUAUAUCCGAAGAGGAGCUCCAGAACUCCCUCAACGAGACCCUGGAAGCCGAGUUUGUCAAACUGUAAUCAAGGAAAAUGGGAAAUUCCGAAAAAAAAACUUCCUAAACAGCUUUAAAGACUUCAACGGAAUCCGGUCUCUAAACAUCCGAAUCAGCUUUAACUCCACACUAUGCAAGUGGACAUUUCAAAAUGCAUAAAUUUAUAAACAGCUUUAAUCAUUGUCUUCCAUCUAUGUUUAAGAAUGUAUGAAUAAAUAUACAUAAUAUUAAUACUGAAA